UUGAUAGGCACCCAUUUGCUUGCAGCAACUGUAAACAAAACUGCAUUUCUACAUGCUUAACAUUGCAUACGAAUGCUUCGAUGGUUGACUUUAAGUUGACUAACGUUAACGGUACCGGGAAGACGUUUGUGAGUCUCUGAUGUUAACAUUACCUUGCUGAGUGCCUUCAUAAAAAAAGAAGACAUGCCAUCACCACAAGUCUUACAGCCCGUCCUCAAAAUGAAAGUGGAUGAACUCUUCCUGAAUUGGUUGAGUGAGUCCAACACUCAGGUGGUCCUGAAGGAAUACCUCUGGAAGAUCAAGAAUGGAGACAAGAUCGAACUGGGCUCAGGGGACGGCAAAGACAAUAGUACCUCCUUGUUAAGUGAGAAUGGCCACUCACCUAUCAAUAAGGGCACACCUGACAGGACUUCAACACCUGGCUGUACUGCAUCCAACCCUCCAUCUUCGACGUUGCCUUCUGCCAGUGGAGGUCUUGCCCGUGUGGGGUCCAGUGCAAGGGCUCCGCGACGCUCUGUCAGCACCAAGAAGGCCAUUCGUGAGACAUCUGUGGAUUCUGCAUAAAGGGCUCCGAAGAAAUAAAACACUUAUGAAUGAUUAACUUCCCCUCAGCUCUUUGUCUCAAAAACCUCAGAUUUCCU